GUAUACUCCGUUUAACAAAAAGUCAAAAAAAUGAAAAAAGAAGUCUCCCAUUCCAAUCUCCAUCUCCCCUCGCACUUUUUUGAAAUUUGAAAAAAGACGCUUAAAAUCCCGCCUCUCUCUUCCGGCCACUCUAUUUUUCCACCGUCAAAUCUGGCAAAUUCAGAGAAAGCUCGAACCAGCUCCGUUGCAUUUGGAUCUGCAGAUUCUCGUUGUCGUCAUCAAUUUUCCCUUUCCGUCAAAGAGAUGGACUCUCUACCCGAUGCCCUUGUCCAUUACAUUCUAUCACACAUAACCAAUGCCAAAGACGUGGCCUAUUCCUCAUGUGUUUCCAAACGUUGGAAGGAAACAAUGCCACUGAUUAGGAGCCUUUUCUUCCCCCGCAAUCUCUUCGAAAACUUCAAGAAUGGAAAUUCUGAUGCUGUCAUAGGGCAGAUGAUCUCAUCUGUUGAGAGACUAGAAUCACUUUGCAUCUAUUGCCCUUUCUCCGGGGUCAGUCUUGCUUCAUGGCUUUCCCUCGUGGGCCCAUCCCUACGGAGCCUUGAGUUGCGUAUGGACAACCUAGCUGAACAACAGAAUCAGUCCAAGUUGGAUUCCAUAAGAGAAGCAUUCAAUGUGGAGUGUUUGAAGCUCUGGGGCGUGCUUAUGAAACAUACCCCCAAGUGGGACACUUUCCAUAGGCUUAAGAUUCUUGAAAUAGUUGGGGCUAAAGCUGAUGAUGUGGCAAUUUCUGCUGUAUUGAGGAACUGUCCGAAUUUAACGCAACUUCUGCUGUUAGGGUGUGAGGGGCCAGAGUCUGUAGUAAUCGAACUCCAGUAUCUUGAGCUUUGCAAGCUUGAUUUCUAUGGGGCUGGUAACUGCACCCUGUCUCUUAAUUGCCCAAAGCUUGAAGACCUAGAGGUACAAGGGUGUAGUUGGAUUAGAGCUUGCGAGAUGAAGUUCUUGAGGAAUCUUACAAUUGCCAACAAUGGAGGGAGAGUUUAUAUGGUAGAUCUUGGAAAGCUUGUAGCUCUUGAGACCUUAGCCAUGAGGGGGAUCCAAUGGAGCUGGGAUGCUACAAGCAAAUUGCUUCAAAUGGCCAGUGAAGUGAAGCAACUCUUCAUGAAAGUGGAAUUCACUGGGGACUUUGAAGCACUCUUGCCUUUCCCUGAAGUCGAUUUCGUCGACUUCUUCAAUAACCACCCCAAGCUCCAAACAUUCGACAUCCAUGGUGCUAUGUUUGCAGCACUAUGCCAAAAGAACAGCCUAAAAAACUUGGAUUCCAAGUUUGCGAUUCCGUGCCUGGAAAAGGUUGUGGUCACAGUGAGAUCUCCACUCAAUGCAGAGCAGAAAAUGAGCACUCUGGAGUCAUUGUUAAGGUACUCCAAGAAUUUGAAAAGAUUGACAAUAAAGAUUCUUCAGAUGAAGAGCAGCCACAGCAGCUCUGAUGAAUUCUUUGAGGAUAUAUGCAGAUUCAGACAUAUGAACCGCAAGGUUGUAUCCAUUGAGUAGAGGGUACUCAUAUUGAUUUUCCCUAUGGGACAUCAUUCUUAUUGUCCAUCAUCAAUAAAGUUGCUUAAGGCCCAUUUGUCUCACCUGUUAGAAUUUGUAUCAGUUAUGGGUUUGGGAACUCCAAACUCACCUUGUGUUUCUUUUACCAAUAGUCCAAAACUACCCCCACAAAUUCACUCUCUAAACCUGUCAAAACCAUUCCCCAUCUAUUCUCAAACUGUUGUUUCUUUUGCCAUUACUUGACGGUAACAGAUCCUUCAAACUAGUGCCGCUUCCUGUUCUUGAAACGUCUCUGUUUGGGUAAUUGGGUCGUCCUGACCACCACAAUCUGUGUAAAAUUUGAAAAAGUUGGGUGCUUCUCAAUUCUCGACCUCGUCCCUGUAUGAGUACCCCU